ACAGCCACAGCACAUCGUAGGAACCAUUAAGUUGGGAGGAACCUUCCAUCGGCGAGAGUGUUCUGUAGGGAAGGUAAACGGUGUUCGGAACGUCUGCCUACAAACAACACCAGAGAGGUCCAUAUAUACACGCCGAUUAGAACAUUAUGCUUACUUUCUUCAGUGUUUGAUUAAUAUAAGUAACGUAACGUUAAAGAAUCACAAAUGAGGGCCGCCAUUAACCAGAAGUUAAUUGAGAUGGGUGAGAGGGAGAGGUUAAAGGAGUUGCUUCGAGCCAAGCUCAUCGAGUGUGGCUGGAGAGAUCAGCUCAAAGCCCUCUGUAAAGAGGUGAUCAAGGAGAAAGGAAUAGAGAAUGUUACUGUAGAAGACUUGGUCGCUGGAGUAACUCCCAAAGGAAGAGCACUGGUGCCUGACAGUGUAAAGAAAGAGCUCCUGCAGAGAAUAAGAGCCUUCCUCUCCCAGCACUCGACAUGAUGCUCAGCAUAUCUAAGAAUACUCGGGAGUAUGUCAUUUAUGUAUUGACACAAUGCCAGAAAGCUAUGUUGAACUGUUUUCAUGAUGUGAUUUCACUCUUCAUUGUGUAUUUUUGUUACUGCCAAUAAAGGUUGAUCAUGUUUGUACAUAUA